GAGUUUUAUUUCAUAAUGUUAUGUUUGAAAAUAAUUCUAACCUAAAUGUUUUGCUAUCAGGAGCGACCGUAAUUUAUGAUAUCAUAAUUAGUCAUCCGUAUUUAUGUGUAUGUUUGUGUGGAUAAUUCACGUCAGUAUAUUGAACUUACUUGUUAUGUAUUUUACUAGAAGAUAUAUUGUCAUUGCAAUUUACGAAAGAAUCUUCGAAUUAGAAAGAUGUACAACUUAAACGUCUUUAUUGUCUUGUGUUCUAUUUCAACAAUUAGUUUGGGUAAUAUACCGAUUAAGACGAAAUCUUACUGUGAAUUCAAUGAAGAAAUCUUUAGUCAUUUUUAUAAUUUAACUAAACUAUCAAAACCUGGAGAGGAUAUCGAAAUUCGUCAUAAUUCUAAUGAAACUAUACGAAUGCAAUUAUGUUCACCAUUGAUAAAAAAGUGCAAUGGGAAGGAUGGAUAUUCUAUAUGCCUAGAAAAAAACAACAAAGAAAUAGGAAUAGGAAAAGUAGUACCAAGGUUAGUAACUACAUCUGGAAAGAUACAUUUUACAUUUAAUGGUGACAAAUGUAAACCAGGUAUCAAUUAUGUAGUUCAUGUUAUUAUGAUAUGUGAUUAUUCUAUAACAAGUCAUUCAGUACCAACUAUAUUUAAACAAGGAAGUGAAUUAUGUCAAUUUUAUAUGAUAUGGAAAAGUGCUUUUGCGUGCGCUAAUAGAAAGGAAAUAAAUUGUACUGUGAUUAAUCCUUCUGAUGGUUCUCAUUAUGAUCUUUCACCAUUGAAAAGAUAUUCAGAAAAUUAUGUUAUAUAUGCAGGAAAAAAUACCUCUCUCGAAAUAACAUUGAAUGUUUGUCAUUCCGUAAUAUUUGGAUAUGAAGCAAUCUGUCAAAUGAAUUCAGGAGCUUGUCUUCAUGAUCCUGUAGAAGCACCUACAUUAGGGUACAUAAAUUUGGGAGAUGUUCAAAAAACUCCUGUUUUUGAUUCCUCCAAUCAUUUGCAAUUGAAUUAUGAAGAUGGAGCUAUGUGUAAGAAAAAACAACAGAAAGGGCAACAGAAGGAACAUAUUCGAACAACUAUUACAUUUAUCUGUAAUUUAGAAGCUAAAGAUACACUUCCAGAGGUAACAGAAACUGAUGGCUGUCAUUAUCAGUUGAAAUGGAUUACAGCAGCUGCUUGUAGUUUAGAACAAUUACGUGAAUAUAGUGCAAAAACAGCAGGAAGAUGUACUAUAAAUAAUCCUAUUACAAAUUUCACGUAUGAUUUACAAUCUUUAAUGAAUAAAGAUUUCAAUGUCACCUCACUGUCACAGGGUACAAAGUAUAAGUUCAGAGUAUGUGGAGCUAUUGCAGAUAAUACAUGUAAAGCAGGAACAGGAGUUUGUCUUAAAGAAAAUGGUACAUCUCUGGGUAUGGCUAACGCAAAUCUGAUGUGGCAGCAGGGUGGACCUUACUUAAAUUAUACGGAUGGUGACAAAUGUAACAAUAAUCAAUAUCGUCAAACAUUUAUUGCAUUUUUAUGUGGACCUGAAGGAUCAUUAAACGAUCCAAUUAUUAUGGAAGAAAAUCCUUGUCAAUUAAUUAUUCACUGGAAUCUUAAUUUGGUUUGUGAAAAAAGAAUCAAAUGUGCCACUGUAGAUAAUGAAAUUAAUUUAACUCCUUUAAUAAGUUCAACUAACAAUUAUAUUGUAAAAAUAAAUAGUACUAUAUUUUAUAUAAAUGUAUGUCGACCUAUAAUACCUACUCCAGACUUAAAAUGUGCACACGGUAGUGCAAUUUGUAAAGCUUCAUUAAAUGCUGAUAAUGUACUUGUAGAAGAAGUUAAUUUAGGUUUUCCUAAAGAAGCGCCACAAAUAAAUAAAGAUCAAAUAACUUUGCGUUACCUCGAAGGUUCGGCAUGUCCAGAAAGAAUGGAUACUAAAAUUUCAUCAGUUUUGGUAUUUGUUUGCGAUGAUAGAAAUGAAGGGUUGCCAGAAUUUAAAGAAUAUAAUAAUUGUACAUAUACUUUUGAAUGGAAAACUAAUAUUGCUUGUGGAGCUAUCAUGGGCAACUGGAUACCACCGUGUAUAAUAAAAGAUCGAUUUCUUUUAAAUCAAUUCGAUCUUUCUUUAUUGUAUAAAAAACAACCAAUACAUUAUGUGCAAAGUAAAGAAAAAAAUUACAGUAUAAAUAUUUGUGGAGCACAAGAAAAUUGUAAUGGCUUCGCAGUGUGUCAAGGAUCUAACAAUUAUGGAUCUUUAUCGAAUGUUAUUUUUGAUUAUAAUCGAAAUAGUAUAAAACUUGAAUAUUUCAAUGGCAGUAAAUGUUUUAAUAGUUCCUAUAUGUCGGAAAUCAAGUUUAUAUGCAAUGAAUCGAUUGAAAUUGGCGAACCAAGGCUGUCAUGGGAAUCACAGUGUAGGACAGAAUUUGAAUGGUACACAAAUGUAAUUUGUAUUAAUCAAUCCAACAUGGAAUCGAAAUUUACUUUCGCAGAUAAACAAGAAAACAUUCAAAGUACUUCUAGUCAUGCGGGCCUGAUAGCUGGUAUCGUAAUUACUAUAUGUAUGUUUCUGCUAGCUUUAUUGUAUUAUCGAAAUCCGAAUAAGAGAGCCUGUUUGCAAUCCUAUUUUAAUUUCUGCAAUUCCAGAAGAAGAAAUGGUCGCGUUCAAUACUGCAGGGUCGGUACUAAUGAGCAGGCUCGUCUUUUAUUAGAUGCUAGUAAUGAUCCAACGCAGUGUCAAUCGGAUAGCGACGACGAUCUUUUGGAUGCAUAGUUGUAUUAUUAAAAUAAUUUUUUACAUACGUUUAUUUAAAGAACAAAAUGAUGCGCCAGUGCUUAAUAUCUUUUAAUAUUUUAAUUAUAUAAUAUACACUAUUCUCUCAUAAUAAUUAUAUAUAUAAUUAUUAAUA